AUGUCAUUUUUACGAAAACUUUCUAGCGAAUUUGUUAACGGAACGAAAAGAAUUUCCGUUGCAGCGACUGUCACCGGCAUGAAUAUGAUGUCAUCAAGUUCAUCGAAUAUUGGUACAGAUGCUGGUGGAUUACCACAAGAUCAUCCAGUUUGGAAAUUAGGCCGUCUCAAUCAUCUAGCAAUCGCCGUUCCUGAUCUUGAAAAGUCGGCGAAAUUUUGGCGCGAUGUCAUGGGUGCAGAAUCAGUCAGUGAAACAAAGGUUGACGAUGUAGUUGCCGCAGUAAAAGAUCUCGUCUCAAAAAAUGUCCGAUCUCUCGAUCCCGAACCGAAAAUCGGUGCUCACGGAAAACCGGUCGUGUUUCUACAUCCAAGGGAUUGUGGUGGUGUGUUAGUGGAGUUGGAACAAGCAUAA